UUUUUUUUUUUUUUUUUUUUUUUUUUUUUAGCUGUAAUCUUAGAUAUUCAGCAAAAAUAAGUAAAGGGUAGUGCUCAAUUAUUUUUGGUAACCUUCAAAAUUUGUUUUUUUUGUUUUUUGUUUUUUAGCUAUAAUCUUAGAUAGUCAGCAAAAACAAGAAAAGGCUAGUCUUCAAAUUUGAUCUUUUUAUGUUUUUUUUUUUUUUUUUUGUUGUUAAUGGAGGUGUUGGAGAAAGAAAAGUGUUGUGAAUUGUGUUGAUUUUCUUUAGCUGAAAUUAGGAGUCUUUUUUGGUAAAUGCAUGUGGGAAGUGAGUUUUUUUCUGGAGAAAUGGGGGUGAAGUGGGGUAUGCUAAGGAUAAGAGUGAUGAAUGGGUGGAAUAGUUUAGGGUUUGAAUUUGGUCUUGAGGGUUUUAUAUAAUUUUCUGAAAAAAAAAAAUAAAAAAUCAUAUUUUGAGGGUGUUUUACAUAUAUAUUUAAGUUAAGAUUAAAAAUAUGAAGCUUUCAACAUCAGGAAUUGGUCAGCAAGCUCAUGAAGGAGAUAAGAAGUGUUUAAAUUCAGAACUAUGGCAUGCUUGUGCUGGUCCCCUUGUAUGCCUACCAACGGUAGGAAGUCGCGUGGUUUACUUUCCUCAGGGUCACAGUGAACAGGUAGCGGCAACAACUAAUAAAGAAGUUGAUGCUCACAUACCGAAUUACCCGAACUUGCCACCCCAGUUGAUCUGUCAACUCCAUAAUGUCACAAUGCAUGCAGAUGUUGAAACAGAUGAAGUAUAUACUCAGAUGACAUUGCAGCCCUUGACACCGCAAGAGCAAAAGGAUGCAUAUCUUCCUGUUGAGUUGGGUAUCCCUAGCAGGCAGCCUACUAACUAUUUUUGCAAGACACUAACUGCAAGUGAUACCAGUACGCAUGGUGGCUUCUCUGUUCCUCGUCGUGCAGCAGAGAAAGUUUUCCCUCCUUUGGAUUUCUCACAGACCCCACCCUGUCAAGAAUUAAUUGCGAGGGAUCUGCAUGACAUUGAAUGGAAAUUCAGGCAUAUUUUCCGAGGACAGCCUAAGCGGCAUCUUCUAACGACUGGCUGGAGUGUGUUCGUUAGUGCCAAAAGACUUGUCGCUGGAGAUUCAGUUCUUUUUAUUUGGAAUGAGAAAAAUCAGCUCCUUUUGGGAAUUCGUCGUGCAACUCGACCCCAAACCGUGAUGCCAUCAUCUGUUCUGUCUAGCGACAGCAUGCACAUUGGAUUACUUGCUGCUGCUGCUCAUGCUGCUGCUACGAAUAGCUGUUUCACUGUUUUUUUUAACCCAAGGGCUAGCCCAUCUGAGUUUGUUAUAUCUCUUUCAAAAUACAUCAAAGCUGUAUAUCACACUCGUGUUUCCGUUGGAAUGCGUUUCCGGAUGCUAUUUGAGACUGAAGAAUCUAGUGUUCGAAGAUACAUGGGCACAAUUACUGGAAUUGGUGACUUAGAUCCGGUUCGCUGGGCCAACUCUCAUUGGCGGUCUGUCAAGGUUGGUUGGGAUGAGUCAACAGCAGGCGAGAGGCAACCGAGGGUUUCGCUAUGGGAGAUAGAGCCUUUGACUACUUUUCCAAUGUAUCCAUCUUUGUUCCCUCUUAGGCUAAAACGGCCUUGGUAUCCGGGAACUUCAUCUUUUCAAGAUAGUGCCAGUGAAACUAUUAAUGGAAUGGCAUGGUUGAGAGGGGAAAGUGGUGAGCAAGGACAACAUUUGAUGAAUCUACAAUCUUUAGGUGGCGGCAUGCUCCCCUGGAUGCAACAAAGAAUUGAUCCAACACUUCUCCGAAACGAUCUUAACCAGCAGUAUCAAGCUAUGCUGGCUAGUGGUUUGCAAAAUUUCGGGAGUGGGGAUCUGCUUAAACAGCAACUGUUGCAACAGUUUCAACAGCCUGUCCAAUAUGUUCAGCAUGCAGGCAGUCAUAACUCCGUCCUGCAGCAGCAGCAGCAACAACAAGCAAUACAGCAAGCAAUUCAUCAGCAUAUGCUGCCUGCACAAACCCAACACAAUAACCUUCAAAGCCCUGUUCAAAGGCAACCACGGCAACAAGUCAGCAAUCAGACAGGGGAACAGGCUUAUCAACAUUCUUACCAGGAAGCAUACCAAGUACCAAAUAGCCAGCAGCUCCAGCACAAACAACCAUCGAGCAUUCCUUCUCCAUCAUAUUCAAAGCCAGAUAUAUCAGAUCCAAACUCCAAGUUCUCGGGAUCCGUUUCUCCAUCAGGCAUGCCGACAGCACUAGGUUCUUUAUGUUCGGAAGGAACUAGUAACUUUCUGAAUUUUAAUAGAAUCGGUCAGCAGUCCAUGAUGAUGGAGCAGCAGGCCCCGCAGAAAUCUUGGAUGCCAAAAUUUUCUCAUUCACAGGAAACAUGUAACCUAGAUGCCCAGAAUCAAACUGUUUUUGGUGCUAAUAAUGUUGAUUCUUCAGGGCUUCUCCUCCCGACAACUGUGUCUAACGUUGCUACUACUACAUCAAUUGAUGCUGAUUUGUCCCCUAUGCCACUAGGGACUUCUGGAUUUCAGAAUUCUCUGUAUGGUUAUGUGCAAGAUUCUACUGACUUGUUGCAUACUGUAGGACAAGUUGAUGCACAAAAUGCGACCUGUACAUUUGUUAAGGUUUACAAAUCAGGGUCUGUUGGGAGGUCAUUGAACAUCAGCCGGUUCAAUAGCUAUCAUGAGCUACGGCAGGAACUGGGACAGAUGUUCGGGAUCGAAGGGUUUCUUGAAGACCCUCAAAGAUCAGGCUGGCAGCUUGUAUUUGUUGACAGGGAGAAUGACGUUCUUCUCCUUGGAGACGACCCAUGGGAGGCAUUUGUCAAUAAUGUCUGGUACAUCAAAAUUCUUUCACCCGAGGAUGUGCAGAAACUAGGGAAGGAAGAGGUUGAAUCCCUAAAUCUUAGUGCACUUGAAAGGAUGAGCAGUAAUAAUAAUGCUGAUGGUCGAGAUUUCAUGUCCGGACUUCCAUCUAUAGGAUCACUCGAGUACUGACUGUUGUCAUCGUUCGAUAAAGAUGUGUUGUUCCUAUUCUGUGCUUUCCAAGAGCUCGGAUGUCUCAAAAUUUCUAUCUUCUUUCCCGGCUUAGCUUUGGCCUAAUUAGUCCGGUCUCAUUUAUAUGACAUAGUUCUUUAUGGAGGAGAUAUUUAAUCGAUCUGCCAUUUGAAUUACAAUGCUUUUGUAUUAGUUAAUCUUAUUCGCUGUACUCGGGCUCAGGACAGAUGUGAUUUAAACAAUCUCUAGUUGUAAACUUGUCAAUGCAGUUAAACUUCUAUGAGUGUAUGCCUUAAAUGCAAAGUACUUACUAAUGUA